GACGGGCUCGGAUCAUCACAAACAGGCAAGAGGAGCAGCAGAUGGAGUACAUUUCCCAAACUGUAGGAGCAUUCAGGAGAUAGAUGGUGCAACUUCCAGCUUUCCAGAAUACUAAGCUGAUCGCAUGAAGCAAUCAGUUCCAGCAACGCACAACUCUGAAAUGGAUAGUACUCGCUAGAUCAAGGAUAAAGGAAGGUAAGAAGAAGAUGUAUCAUCAACAUCAACAAGGAGGCCACAACAACAUCCUUUCUUCCAGGACAGCAUUUCCUGCAGAGAGGCAUUUGUUGUUGCAAGGAGGAAGGAUACCAGAGGAGUCGGGGCUGGUUCUAUCUACUGAUGCCAAGCCUAGGCUGAAGUGGACACCUGAGCUCCAUGAGAGAUUUAUAGAGGCAGUCGAUCAACUUGGUGGUGCAGAUAAGGCUACACCCAAGUCGGUCAUGAGGCUUAUGGGCAUCCCUGGAUUAACACUGUAUCACCUGAAAAGCCAUCUUCAGAAGUACAGGCUCAGCAAAAAUCUCCAGGCUCAAGCAAGCAGUGGAAGUGCCAAGAUUGCUACAGGUUGUAAGCUAGUAGCAGGGAGGACAGCUGAGGGCAAUGGAUUGUUGUUGGGCAGUACAAACAUCAUUCCCCAGUCAAACAAAAACAUUCCAAUAAAUGAAGCACUUCAAAUGCAAAUUGAAGUCCAAAGAAGGCUACAAGAACAGCUCGAGGUUCAAAGGCACUUGCAACUCCGAAUUGAGGCACAGGGCAAGUACUUGCAGUCUGUGCUGGAGAAAGCUCAGGAGACACUUGGGAAGCAGAAUUUGGGGUCUCCAGGACUGGAAGCUGCCAAAGUUCAACUAUCUGAACUGGUCUCCAAAGUCUCAAAUGAGUGUUUCAGCAAUGCAUUUCCAGGUCUGGAAGAAAUCCGCAAUCCGAACACUUUACAAGUGAAUCCAUCCCAACUUGCUGAUUGUUCAGCAGAGAGUUGCCUGACAUCAUCUGAAGGAUCACAAAAGGAUCAAGAUAUGACUAAUUUCCACAGAAGUUUGAGAGCAUACGGUGGCAGCCUACCACUCUGCAGGCAGCAGAUGCAUCAGGAUACCAGGCUUGAAACCACUCAAUCUGCAUGGUGCUAUCUGAACGACCAGAAGACGUUUCCCUCAUCCAUUUUAGGGGAUUCAGAGAGGACAACUUUCUCAGUCCAGGAUUUCGCGACGCAUCCUGCAAGCUCCAAGGCUCAGAGAGGAGGAGGAGCUGAUUCUGAGGCCCAGCAGAAGGAACGAAGUGAAGAGCACAUGUUUCUUGAGCACCCAAACAACAAGAGAGUUGCAGGUCAACAGGACAGAGGAAAGCAAUCAAAUAGUUUUGGAAUGCCCGGCCACACAGCACAACUAGAUCUCAACGCUGAUGAAGACAAUGAAGGUGACAGAGACAGCAAAUUUGACUUGAAUGGCUUCGGCUGGAGCUAAAUUAUGGCAUUGAAGUUGCUCAUAGAAGAGGGAUGAAGAUAUGAAAAUUCUAAUGUUGUCUCCAACCAAUACGAUCAUGCCUACACUGUAUAUGCUAAAAAUUGUGAGCUCUCUCUUCAGUGAUCAUCCCAGUCAGCUAAAUACAAGUAAUGACUACAACAUGAACCUGAUUCCAUGAGACAGUGGGAAGGAAACUGAUGAUGCAUGUACAAGUGAGGAGUACUAAGGAGAGCAUCAUGCUGUGGCAUGUAGUAGUAGCAGUACUGACAAUAUUUAGACUAAUUUCAAGUUACAUUUUGCAA